UUUGUGCCCCAACUUUUUCGUCUUCCAUAAGUUGUUGCGGAAAUCCUUUGGGGGCGUUUUCUACUUUAAGCCACCUGGUCUGCCCAAGCACCGACUCCCCGGGGCAUGUCGCCUGCUCGGGACCUGGGAGUUUGAGCAAAUUGCAGCCGCGAGAUCGUUUAUGGAGCUUGGGGCGGGGGCCGAGUCCGCGAUUGUGCUCCGUGCUCGCCGCCUAGGCCAUGCUGCUCCAACGGCGUGCGGAGCGGUGGCCGCCGGGCCUCCAGGACUAAGCCGGGAGCCAAGGGAGGAGGAGGCGCCGGCGGUGGAGCGGGACCCAGAGCCGCGGCGGCGGGCGGCGCGGCAGACCGAGUACUAUGGCUAUGUACUGCUAUGCCCUCAAUAGCCUGGUGAUCAUGAACAGCACCAACGAGCUGAAGAGUGGCGGUCCCCGGCCCAGCGGCAGCGAGCCACCUCAGCCCUCGGGGAGGGCCGCACUGAGCCCCAGCAGCGUCUUCAGCCCUGGGAGAGGCGCCUCCUUCCUCUUCCCCCCAGCGGAGUCACUGUCGCUGGAGGAGCCCCCGAGUCCUGGGGGUUGGCGCAGCGGCCGGCGUAGGCUGAAUAGUAGCAGCGGCAGCGGUGGUGGCAGCAGCGGCGGCAGCAGCAGCAGCAGUGGCGUGGGAAGUCCGAGUUGGGCUGGCCGCCUGCGAGGGGACGCGCAGCAGGUGGUGGCGGCCCGCACCCUCUCCCCACCUGGGCCAGAGGAGGCCCAAAGGAAGCUGCGGAUUCUGCAGCGCGAAUUGCAAAAUGUGCAGGUGAAUCAGAAAGUGGGCAUGUUCGAGGCGCAAAUCCAGGCACAGAGUUCUGCCAGCCAAGCGCCCCGAAGCCCGCGUUUGGGCAGGGCUCGUUCGCCCUCCCCAUGUCCCUUCCGUAGCAGCAGCCAGCCCCCUGGAAGGGUCUUGGCUCAGUGCGCCCCAAGUGAGGAACGGAGGACAAAGUCUUGGGGAGAUCAAAGUACAGAGACCCCAGACACCAACUCCGGGAGGAGGGGCAGGCUCAGCCCACACCCCUCGAAGGACAAGGAGGGAGUGGCCCCUCUUUUACGCCCUGCCAGCCCGACCAGGUUAGGGACUCAGAGUCCAUCAGCUUCAGUGAGGAUGGAGACAGGCACCCCGACCAGUCCCCGCAGUGGCUCACCCACAGCCAUGGAAAUUGACAAGAGGGUUGCUCCCUUACCGGAGCACUUUGGAACUAGAUUAGCAAUGGUCAGUAAAGUGGCAGCAUCAGCCUCAUCCGUUGGACCACACCCUGGACAUGAUUCUGCCUUCACAGGGGCAGCCUGCGAGCUUGGGGGCAUGCGCCCCUGGGAGGCUCAGAUGGAGAGACAGGAGCAGUUUUUAGGCAGAGAGACAGGCUCAGCCUCAGAGCUUGGGCGGACCCACAUUAGAGAGCCUCCUGGGAGGGUGGGGAGAGGAAUUCAUCCAGUUGGUGGGCAGGGUUCCUGGACACCUGAAGUCAUCAAAAGGCUUGAUGAGAGGACUGUGAGUGCCCAAAGCUCAGAGGCCUCUGACGACCGGAGAUGGUCUAGACUGCCAAGAGACCUGGGCUCUGUAGAGGAGGCAGGAAGUAGGAUUCCAGGGAUCCGAGGACCCGAGCAGACCCCGGACAUUGUGAGGGAAGGGUCUCCAGCAUUAGGCUUGCUUGGGGGUAGCCAAGCAGCACACACAGGGACCAGGGAUGUGGAGGCAGAAACUCUGCUGGGACCUUUACCCCCUGAGGAAGUGGCAACAGGUUUGAAAGAAGCCCAGUGCCUCCCUGGGGACAGGAUGAUGGGUGUGCAGCCCGAGAGUUCCAGGGUUUGGCAAAAUGCCGUGAAGGAAGGCCCCUUGAUGUGGACGUGUGACACAGGGGUACAACUGGUGGAAACUUGGGGAAGCCAGCUACAUGACAGAGAUGCUCAGCGAGACUGCCAAGAGAUGCUCCCAGAUCAGAAGGACGAGGCCUCCUUCAAAGAGGCCUGCAGCCCUAGCAGCGUCCCUGCCAUCCCUGCUGUCAUCAUCACAGACAUGGGUGCUCAGGAGGAUGGGGGCUUAGAUGAGGUCCAAGGAAGCCCUCGGGGUCCCCUGCCUCUGAGGAAGCUGUCAUCCUCCUCAGCGUCUUCCACUGGCUUCUCCUCUUCCUAUGAGGACUCAGAGGAGGACAUCUCCAGUGACCCUGAGCGGACGCUGGACCCCAACUCAGCCUUUUUGCAUACCCUUGACCAGCAGAAGCCCAGAGUGAGCAAGUCAUGGAGGAAGAUAAAGAACAUGGUGCAGUGGUCCCCCUUUGUCAUGUCCUUCAAGAAGAAGUACCCCUGGAUCCAGCUGGCAGGACAUGCAGGGAGCUUCAAGGCAGCUGCCAAUGGCCGCAUCCUAAAGAAGCACUGUGAGUCUGAGCAGCGCUGCCUGGACCGGCUGAUGGUGGAUGUGCUGAGACCCUUUGUGCCAGCCUACCAUGGGGACGUGGUGAAGGAUGGGGAACGCUACAACCAGAUGGACGACCUGCUGGCUGACUUCGAUUCACCCUGUGUGAUGGACUGUAAGAUGGGCAUCAGGACAUACCUGGAGGAAGAACUCACCAAGGCCCGGAAGAAGCCUAGCUUGCGGAAGGACAUGUAUCAGAAGAUGGUUGAGGUGGACCCUGAGGCCCCAACUGAGGAGGAGAAAGCCCAGCGAGCUGUGACUAAGCCACGUUACAUGCAGUGGAGAGAAACUAUCAGUUCCACGGCUACCCUGGGCUUCAGGAUCGAGGGCAUUAAGAAGGAAGAUGGCUCUGUGAACCGUGACUUCAAAAAGACCAAAACGAGGGAGCAGGUCACUGAGGCCUUCAGAGAAUUCACUAAAGGAAACCAGAACAUACUGAUUGCCUACCGGGACCGACUGAAGGCCAUUCGAGAAACCCUGGAAGUCUCUCCCUUCUUCAAGUGCCAUGAGGUCAUUGGCAGCUCACUCCUUUUCAUCCAUGACAAGAAGGAACAAGCCAAGGUGUGGAUGAUCGACUUUGGGAAGACUACACCCCUGCCGGAAGGACAGACCCUACAACACGACAUCCCCUGGCAGGAGGGGAACCGGGAGGAUGGUUACCUCUCGGGGCUGAACAACCUCAUCGACAUCCUGACAGAAAUGUCCCAGGGCAGCCCUCUCACCUGAGGCCACCACCACCUUGCCUGCCACCGCUGCCCCCCAUUCCCCUCUUCCCCUAACUCUUCCUUCAUUCCUGUCUGAGCGCCCACCUAGAACAGAGCCUCCCAUCUGCACUACAGGACACUUAGGAGAAGAAAAGAGAUUUUCUAAGUCUCUUUUUCCUUCCUACACAAGGGCCUGGAGGUGGCGUUUCUAAAUCUCUCUAAAUAGAACUGCCUUCUGGAACAGAAUCAUCCAAAGCUAGGCCCUACAUCCUGUACAGUUGCACUUAGGGCUGGCCUGGGUCUUAAGAGGCCACGGGUUUUCACGGGGGUCUUGAGAAUUUGAGCCUCCCUCUGGGAGACCCCCAGAAAGUUCAGGCCCAGACUGACCACCCGUAGAGCCCUCCUGCCCCUGGUGGCUGGUGCCAUCAGUAUACACUGCCCCAUUGGUACCUCCCACCAUGGGCCCUGAAGCCAGGCCAGGGUCCUGAUUUCUGGGAGUUGGGAAUACAACCUCUGAGGAAUCUGCAUGUGGCUGAUGAGCAAAGGAUUCUCCAAGGAGAGGGCUCAGUUUCCAGGAGCACUGUGUGGCCUUUCCAGAGAUGCUAAAUCAGGACCCCACCUUGUGUUAAACACUUGGGAUUCAGGCCAGGCUAGGAGCUGGAAGUAUGGCGAGCAGCUCGACCUCUUCUAAAGAACUUUGCUCUUGCAUCUGGGACCACUGUCCAUGAAUUCGGAGGGGUCAUUCUGCAAAGCCAGGCUUUGUUACCUCCCUUAGGUCUGCCCUGCCAAGGGAUGGUCCAGAGCUGGGUAGAAUACUCACGGUCCACACCAACCCUCCGCAGCUCUCAGAGCCUGCCACACCAAAUCCUUGGUAGCCAGUCACCCCUGCCUCAGUGCCCAGAGUUCUUCCAUAGGGGAACCUCUAACAAUUUGGGCUGUUCAGGCCUUAGGGAAGCAGGAUUUGAGCUUCCAGGAAUAAUUUCUAAAUCUCCCUUGAAGUCUCUUGCUCUUCCAGCUUGAAGGGCUUAGGCCAAUAUUUCUCAGUGUUGUGUGGGUAGUUCUCAGUGUUGAUAGCGGUGCCCAGGGCCAUCCCAAGCCUCCUCCUUCCUGGAGCUCUGAGCUGCUUGAAGGGCUUGAAGGACAAUUGUUAGUCACCGCUGCAACUGUGGAGACAGUGACCUCUGAUUGAAAAGGGUGUAUGAUUUGUGUGACGGCUAAAAGACAAAACUCCAAGCUUUGUUGCCAUUUGGAGCUGUCCUCCGGACUUGUCACCUCCCCUAUUACUGAGACUUCUGGGUCUCACGUAUGGAUGCUCUUCUGGGUACCAGGCCAGCAGACACAGGUUGGGAACACUGAGGGAAACGGGGUAGGCCAACAUGUACACACCUGCCAAGAAUAGCUUUGGGCAGGGGUGGCCGUCUUGGCGUCCUACCCUAGCUCCCUGGGGUUUCUAGAACUGUUGGCCCAUGUGAUACGUUUCCCCUUUCAUGCUGGUGGGUGAGUGACAGUUGGUGGGGGCGGGAGGUGGGACCCACGAGGAUGUAUAAGUACAGAUUUUAAAAAGGAACUCAUUUAAGCUUCCUGGCUCCUGUUCAGAUGGUGGUGAGCUCCCGUGUGGGCUGACUUUCUAAAGGUCACACUGCCACCCACCCUGCACCCCCAUCAGUGAGCGAGCCAGACCUUGUGACAGCACGUGAUGGGAAGACAGGCAGCCUGGAGUGGGGGAGGGCAGUAGCAAGCAGGCAGCAAGCUCUGGGACUCCCCAGCUGUGGUUGCUGGAGGGCUUGAGGGGAUCCAUGGUCUGUACAUCAGCCGUAUGCUGGGAAGGGGCAUCAUUAAUUCCAAGAGUCUAUAGCUAUGAUCUGGCCCAAACUCCUCUACUGCUAUCUCAGAAAAAAAAAAUGUCUGCUAAAGCAAACUAUGCUAUGAACAAAACUGCCAGGGACCAGUUUAAUGUAUGUAAGAGAACAUGACUCACCAAGCACUUUAAGAAGGAAUGACCUAUCACAGAAAUGUGCUCUGUGCUGUGACUCCCACUGGUCGCAAGAACUCAGGACAGUGCUGGACAGUGCUUUGCACUGGCGUGCAUUGUAAGGUGCUGUGGAGAAGGCAUCUUCCUAGGGUUAUUCUGUUACUAAGGGCGUUUCGCUUCGUUGGGUUUUUGUAUUGACCACGUUAGCACCCACACUGUAUCUCCCAAGCCAUUGUCCCCCUCCUCUCCUACCAGAACCCCUCCUUCCUGCUCCACUGGGACAAAUAGAGUUCAGGUGGAAUUUCCCAGAACUUCUGGCAGUCCGAUAAACCAUCUUCACGGUCGUGGUGGAGACUCCCAAGGUCCUGGCUACGGGACAUGGGACAGGCUACGUGCACCAGUGUGCAGAGGCGGGUCCACGGAGCCCUCCUGCCCGUGGCCAUCACAGUCCUCGGUGGUCAGCCCUGCUUUGCACACUCCUCCGAAGGUUGCUUCAGCCACUUUCCCCAGACUAGACUUUAGUGCCCUUUAAGAAGUGUGUAAGUUAUAUUUAUUUUGUUGUUGUUUAAAUUGCACAAAACACUAAGAGGAAAGGCUGGGCUGCUCUUCCUAAGCUCUGCCUGCCUUCUGGGGGCUUUCCUUCAUGUCCAGAGGAGCCCUGGGCAGCUGUGGCUUCAAAGAUGCUGUUCACCUAGGCUGGCUGUAUUUAGCUUCAAGACAGCCUGUGUUCUGCUAGCCCUGUGUGUAUAGGCCCCUACCCUGCUCCAGGGUGCUCACCCGUCAGUGCCUUUUGGGGAGGAGAGGACCCUUCCCGUACCCUGACUGGCUCUCUCCUCGUUUGUAUUCCUCUCCCCUUGGGACUGUUACAUCCCUUGCCCGGUUCCCAUCAGUCAACUGUAGAUGCUCUCCCCUUACCAAUAAAGGCCUUGGA